AAAACAUGUAGAUAAUAGAAGGGGACUGAAUAACUUUACAUCUCAUAUGCUUUUCAUUCUGGGUGGUGGUGGUGGUGGUGGACAGUUGUUCUGUAACCGUCCCAGCGUCGGGCCACCCACCAUCUGUGGAAGUGGGACAAGGGAACAGAUGGCGCAUCCAAGCCGGGCUGCAGGGUUGCUGACGCUGAGCGUUCGUGCAGCGCUGGAGAUGAGUAUCAGUCAUUAAAAUAAAGCACUACAGCACAGUGCGUUUUUCAUUGUUACCAAUGCCAGUGUGGUUGCGAUAGAAGAGGGGUGGGGGGACUGGAAGCAUCGUAUGUCGACCAACUUGAUGCGCAACGAUCGGGCGACGAUUUGACCGCUGGCAUCAACCUAAUCCCUUCUGACGUGUCUCUAUCUCGGUGAACAAUGGUUGACAAUCGCUACGCCACAGCUCUGGUCAUCGCCUGCGUGUUGAGCAUCAUAGCCACCGUGUAUCUGUCGGUGGCCAUCGGAACGCAGCACUGGUACCAGUACAGCAGCCCCACGGUGCGCGGAGAGGCCAACAUAUCCGAGCUGCGCUCCCUGUACGAGGAGUUCAUGGACGGAGAAUUCGAUGAGAAAACCUACAGCGACACGCUGUUCCGUCUUAACGGGACUGUGGGCCUCUGGUGGCGGUGUGUGCUUGUUCCUGCCAACGCUCACUGGUACAAAGAGCCAGGUGCCAAGAUGGUGCUGGAGUGUCGAAGCUUCACUCUACCUCAACAGUUCACUCCAAAGUACAAAGAACCAGGGAACCACAACAGUGGGGAGGACAUGGUGCGCACAUACCUGUGGAGGUGCCAGUUUCUGUUGCCGCUGGUGUCUCUGGGUCUAGUGGUGUUGGCAGGUCUGACUGGAUUCUGUGCCUGCCUGUGCCGAAGCCUCACCCCAACUCUUGGAAUAGGAGUGCUUCACCUGCUGGCUGGUCUCUGCACCUUAGCCACAGUGUGCUGCUUCCUGGCGGGGAUGGACCUGCUCCACAGGGUGUCGAUGCUACCCGACACGGUGGACGGCUCUCUCGGCUGGUCGCUGUACCUGGCCCUCAUUUCUUCACCUCUCCACAUGAUGGCUGCCGCUCUGCUGGUGUGGGCGGCACGCAGCCAUAGUCAGAACUACUACCGCAUGACUGCCUACCGGGUGGCAUAGACUGAGAUUUAGCUCUGGAUCUGACAUCAAAAUGCAUUUUUUAAUGAGAUGUAGGGGGGGGGUUUCUCUACAUAUGUGUUUUUCUCCCUCAAGGAUUAAGGAUUUUUGCAUGUACUGUACAGUAGUGACCCUUCUUGCUGCAUUAACAGAUUUGAUCUUCCGGGGGGGGAUAUGGAAAUGGUUUGCAAAUCAGAUCAGCCAGAACAAUAUGUAUAAUGUAGUACACGUGUGCUUCAGAUUAACUUAAAUCGAAGCAGAGAAGCAUUAGCAGUGCCCUACUUUCAUACAACAUAUAAAUUUAAUCAAAAUUCUCAAAGCGCAGGUCAGUCACAUCGGAAAAGUAACUAAAUUUUGAUUUAUUUUCAUAGUUUUGUUUUUUGGAGGCAGGGAUAAGAAUAGCAUGACCCUAUGAACUGCAUACAUAGUAGCAGUGAGCCUGAAAAAUGAAAAAAAAAAAUCUUGUUUGGAAGUGAAAGUAAAAGCAAGUUCUUAAAUUACUGUUUACACAGGUUUCACAUGUACUGACCACAGUUGUCUUUCCAUCUCGUCCCAUCUUAUCAGAUUACAGAGAUUUUGUGAUAUUGCUGUUCUUCCUGUUUGUUUAAGUCACAAGGGCACAUGCAUACAGCACAUUUUUAAACAUCUUUGAUCUGUUGAAAAUUCAACAGGAUUUAAUUUUAUCUUUUGAAAAAAUCACAGUUGUGGUCAUAGGUUUCUUCAGUCCAAAAUAAAGCUUACAUUGUAAAAAUACAAUCAAGUUAACAGGCGUAUAAUGGAAAAUAUUUAAACUUGUGCAAUUUUUGUUGAUUUUGUUGACAAUGUUUUGCGCAAAGCUAACAAAGAAUCACAGUAGGAAGUCAAAUUUGUAGUUGUUUUUUUUUUAAUGAACAAAGAAAAAAGCUGCACACUGAUUACUGUUCCUUGAUAUGCGUGAUGUUAUCAUUUAAAUGGCGCUGACCGAAGGCACUUUAGUGAUAAGCAAGCACACUUAGUAGUAAAAGAAGAGUUUGGGAAAAGUGUGUAUUUACUGACCUCUGCUGGUGAAAUUUUCUAGUCUGCUGCACACGUGAUUGCAGCUGGAUGUGAUGACGUUCCUAUUCGUUGCACUCGAAGGAUGUGGCUACUAGAUUGCAAUGAUGAUUAGUGUAUUUACAGAAUGUUCCCAUGACUAGAAUUUAAUUUACAUUUCUGUUUCGAAUCCUCUCUUAUUGUUGUUGUUUUUUUACUUAAGUGUAUUUAUUUAUUUAUUUAUUGUUUAUGGUAGUUACUAUGUUCAGACUGUGUAUAAUUUGUUUACCACAUGAUGUAUGUAGUGCAUUGCUUUGUUUGCUUUUUGAUCACAUUUGUCAUGUUGUGACUGAUUUUUGUAGAAAAAAGUGAAAAACACAGUAGUGCUCAUUCACUAAUGUGUUUAACCGACCCCGUACAUUCAUGAAAAUAAUUUUCUUAGUUUAUAAUUGGGUGUUUUUUAUUGUUUAUUUAAUCGAUGUAUGUCCCUCAGCUGACUGAUUAAUGUCUUGAAAAACAAACAUAAACUGUUUCAGUUUCAUUUCCCUGGUUGGCACUAUGAAUGUACUUUAAAGGCCAUAUUAUAAUAAGCUACAGCAUUUCUUUGCACCUAAAUUCAUUUCAAACAUUGCUGUAGUAAUCAGUAGUGAAUUCCUAUAUUUUUGAAAUGUAAAUAUGAAAAUAAUUAAAUACAUUUGGAGAAAAAAAAAUAUCAUUAUUGCCCAAAUUCAUGAUAUGUGUUUGUGGAAUAUCACCGCUGAUAAAGAUUUAUGAGCUUCAUGAAUAUCUGUGAAAUGAUGCACCGUUCGUCUCAUUAUGAAUCAGACUGUAUUUUACACAUUCAGUCUUUAAAUACUAGAAACUCAAUCCCUGAAUGCAUACCACCAUGUGUUGUUUGUGAAAGAGUUCUUCAUCCCCCAGUUGUGAGCUGCAACGGUUAAUAGCUGUAUAUUUAAAUAUUGUGUGUGAGUGUGAGCAAGCGUAACACAUGUUGUCAUUUCAAUAAAAGCUUUUGUAAAAGUUGAA